CCGGCCGCUGCGGUUGCUAGGCAACAAGCGGUCCUCAGCGGCAGGCCGCGCGGGGUUCGGCUGGGCAAUGGGACCGCGGGGCCUCCUGCACCUCUUACUCGUGCUCUUGGACUGCUGGGCCUCCGUGAGCGCCCAGGACGGGGCCACCCCGGUGGUGACGAUGGAAGACCUCAACUCUACAGAGCCAGCCCCAACAACUCUCCGACACGCCUUAUCUCCUAGGCCCCCUGAAACCUCCAGGGCUCCCAGGCCCUCCUCAGGCUCCAGGCCCACCCCAGUCACGGACGUUGCUGCUCUGUGUGUCUGUGACUUGUCUCCAGAACAGUGUGAUGUCAACUGCUGUUGUGAUCCUGAUUGCAGCUCCACGGAUUUCAGUAUCUUUUCUGCCUGCUCAAUUCCAGUUGUCAUGGGUGAUAGUCAGUUUUGUAGUCAAAAAGCAGCCAUCUAUUCAUUGAAUUUUACAGCCGACCCACCUCAGAGAAUAUUUAAACUUGUGGAGCAGAUCAACCCAUCUAUUUUCUGCAUUCAUAUUACAAACUAUAAACCUGCAUUAUCCUUUAUUAAUCCAGAAGUGCCUGAUGAAAACAAUUUUGAUAAAUUGAUGAAAACAUCUGAUGGUUUUUCAUUGAAUGCAGAAUCAGAUGUUUCUUUCACAGACAAACCGGACGCUCCAAAUUCUGCAAAAUAUGAGUAUGGGGUUUGUCUGCAGACUUCAGAUUCAUUUUUGAGAUUUCCUUCUCCCCUUACAUCAUCUUUCUGCAGCGAUAAUAACCCCGCAGCAUUUCUGGUCAACCAAGCUGUUAAGUGCACCAGAAGCAUAAGUUUGGAACAGUGUGAAGAAAUUGAAACCCUGAGCAUGGCUUAUUACAGCAGCCCUAAAAUUUUGAGGGUGCCUAAUUCAGGAACAAAGGUCCCUAUCACUGUUCAGUCCAUCGUCUUUCGGUCUCUAAAUAAAACGCUAACCCGACUAGAAGACACUGACGUAUUGAGGCACGUUCUUGUCGAGACUAGGCAGGUACAAGUCUGCACUAACGUCGUUCUUGAGGUAAAAUACAGCCUCACAUACACAGAUGCAGGUGAAAUAGUACAAGCUGCUCUCUCUCUCCUUCUGGGUGCAGUUAGCAGUGCAAUGGUUCCACUGCAGCAGAAGUUUGAAAUUUAUUUUAUUCAGCAAAAUACAAAGCCGGUUCCUCUCAGUGGAAACCCUGGUUAUGUUGUGGGGCUCCCAUUAGCUGCCGGAUUCCAGCCUCAGAAGGGGUCUGGGAUUAUUCAGAGCACAAAUAGAUAUGGACAACUGACGAUUCUUCGUAGCACAACUGAGCAAGACUGCUUAGCAGUAGAGGGGAUCCGGACCCCAGUGUUAUUUGGUUACAAUAUGCAGUCUGGCUGUAAGCUCAGACUGACCGGAGCUGUCACGUGUCGGCUGGUAGCACAGAAGGUGCAGAGCCUGCUGAAGGGCCAGGGCUUCCCCGAUUACGUGGCCCCUUUUGGAAAUUCCCGGGCCCAGGAUGUGCUGGACUGGGUGCCCGUCCACUUCAUCACCCGGACGUCCCACGUGAAGGAUUCUUGCCAGCUCCCAGUGGCUUUGGCUAUAGAAGUGAAGUGGACUAAAUACGGAUCCUUAUUGAACCCACAGGCUAAAAUAGUCAAUGUAACUGCAAAUCUAAUUUCAUCCUCGUUUCCUGAGACCAACUCAGGAAAUGAAAGGACGAUUCUUAUUUCCACUGCGGUUACUUUUGUGGACGUGUCUGCACCUGCAGAGGCAGGCUUCAGAGCUCGGCCAGCCAUCAACGCCAGGCUGCCCUUCAAUUUCUUCUUCCCAUUUGUUUGACGUAAGUCGUUAAUUAAGGAAACAACACCACACCUGUAGAAUCGAGCACGUGCAGAGCCCAGGGUCCCUUGGCGACAUCCCACUUUAUUAUGCUUAUAACCCUUGAGGUUGCCCCCAAGUCAGCACACUUCCCUUCUCCACUCACUUCCCUCUUUUCUCCUUUUGGAAAUUUCAUUCUACUUGGUUUGACUUCAGAAGGGGCGCCAUCUGGCCUUGGUCAUGUCCAGUACUCUCAACACACAGGUCGCAGUGUGGGACCAAACUGCGCAUUUGGGAGGACAGUAAAGAGGACAGACCUUGAAGUAGCGAGGUGUUGAGGGUUUAUCCAGUUUAUUCACCCCCUGCUUUAAUGUGAGUUUAAAAUAAAAUAUUCAUUGUUUUUAGUUCAGGUUUUCUUUCUUUUCAGGUCCCGUUGAAUUGAGUACAAAAAUAGCAACUUAUUGUAUAAAAUCGUGCAAGUAGAGUACAAGGCCUCACGAGGGGAUCUUCCCCAAAAUGUCAUAGUAAUUACAGUGGAGCCUUGGGUCUAAUUGCCACUUCUGUCCCAGGCACGGGAGUGCGCCUUCUUCCAGCGAGUGGGCUGGUGUGGGCUGCCACAGAGCAAUUCCAGGCAGCUGAAGCUGGCAAGAGUAGUAGGAGGGCCCGAGGGAAGGAGACAGUUUAUUUUACAUGUUAAUUGUACAGUAAUUGAGAAAAAUGUUGUCAGGUGGCAGAACUGGGUGGAGCCAGCUCAAAGCUGGAGGGUGCACAGGAGGGGGCUGGGCUCUGAGAACAACCUCCUUGGGGGGAAUUGCAGUGAGACAGAACAACUUAGAAAUAUGAAAGACUUUUCUAGACUGGGCUGGUAGCUAAGGUAGCUUCCUUUUUUUUUUUUUUUGGUCUUUCAAAGUGUUCAUGUGAAAGGAUGCACUGGUUUCUCAAUAUACAUGUAAAAUGUGAAAACUGUACAUUUGAUGAGAUUAAAUUUUAUAUACAGCUCGUAA